AUAAAAGCCAAACCCCAAAGCGAGCUUAUUCAUCCCUUUGCACUCCCCAGUUUCGUGCCUCUCCAAGAGCCACCAAAGCCCUAGAAAGCGCCAGAUAACCCAAAACGAAGGGAGGUGAGAGAAAGAGCAAAACACACUUUACACACACACAUGCACACACAUAAACAAAAGAAGUGAUUUGAACCCCCAAAGAAAAAAAUAUAUAAAGGAGACCAGAAAAAAGCGCUCUCGUCUCUCUCACUUUUUUUUUUUUUAAAUCAAAAUCUAAAAGCUCAGGUACCAAAUCGGCAAUGGCAUCUACAGAACAAGAAGUCCCUGCUGGAAUUAGUGUUCCUACGGCCGAUGUUAUCGGUAAUGCCUUUGUUCAUCGGUACUACCUUAUCUUACAUCAAUCCCCUGCGCUGGUUCACCGAUUCUACCAUGAUAUCAGCAAACUUGGUCGUCCUGAAGAAAAUGGUGUCAUGAAUAUCACAACAACUAUGCAAGCCAUCAAUGAAAAGAUACUCUCACUUGGUUAUGGAGAAUUCACAGCAGAAAUAACAACUGUAGAUGCACAAGACUCUCACAGUGGGGGAGUACUUGUUCUUGUGACCGGGUAUUUCACUGGAAAGGAUAAAGUGAAGCGGAAAUUCACUCAGAGUUUCUUUUUGGCACCGCAAGACAAGGGCUAUUUUGUUUUAAAUGAUGUAUUUAGAUACGUUGAUGAUGCUAAACACCAAAGUGGGAGCCAGGAUCCAGUUAAUAAUAUUGAGGUUUCUUUUACUCCCGAGCAUGAGAAUCAUAUUGAGCAACCGGCUGCAUUGUCAGAAGAAGCUAAUGGUCCAGAAGUGUACAAUCCUUCUGAGAAUGGAGAUGGUUCUAUUGAAGAAGAGGAAACACCAGCGGCCAAGGUUAUUGAUGAGAUUCCUGAUGAUUCACAGAUGGUUGCUGAUUCUAACUCCAACAUCGAGGAAGUGCCAAAGAAAUCAUAUGCAUCUAUUGUUAUGAAGGAGAAUGUGGUUCCUACACAUUCCCCUGUGAAGUCUGCAGUUAAGAGCCAUGAGCUACUGAGAACUGCUGUACCCCCUGUUGCUCCAGCCCCUGCAUCUGACACACAGAUUUCCAACAAGAAUGUUACAGAAAAUGGGAAUAAUCAAGAUAUAGAAGCUGAGGGUCCCUCUAUAUACGUCAAAGGUCUGCCCAUGAAUGCUACACCUAGCAUGCUGGAGAAUGAGUUUAAGAAGUUUGGACCUAUUAAGAGUGAUGGUAUUCAAGUUCGAAGUCAGAAGGGGUUCUGUUUUGGUUUUGUGGAAUUUGAAAUGGCAAGUUCUGUGAAAAGUGCUAUAGAGGCUUCACCUAUUAAUAUCGGUGGACGUAAAGCAGUUGUUGAAGAAAAGCGGUCUACCUCACGAGGGAACAAAGGUCGGUCCUCAUCGGGUUCUGGGGCUGGAUACAGAAAUGAGGGAGCAAGAGGGCGUGGAAACUAUGGUGGUGGCAGGGGCUAUAGCCGGGGUGAAUUCAGUAAUCGUGCUGAGUUUGGAAACAGGAACAGCAAUCGAGGAGGAUAUUCCAACUUUGGAGGUGAUGGAUAUCAGAGGGUUGAUCACAUGGGGAGUAAUGGCGGCCAUGUGAACCGUUCUGGUGGACUAACUGCUAAUGCAGCAGCCAAGAAUGUGGCACCAAGGGUAUCGGCCCCUGCUUGAAGAAAUUAAUACAGAAAUUGGUUGGGAGUGAUAAAAUAUGACUUUCUGUUUGUAGUGUAGCGAUUUACAAAGCACUCCAUGCUUUGCCCAGGGGUUUGUCUGAGAUCUGUUUAGGGUUCUUAUCCCAUUUAUUCAUUUCGGCUUUUAUAAUAUAUACUGAAAGGUUUUUGGGCGGAUGGUUGAUUCAAUUCUUUAU